AUGACUGAUACCAAUGCCGCUGAGGAUACAAACAAACAGCAAAGUUUCGAUUUCGAAGAAUACGUGGGUUAUGUUAUGAGGAAACACUCAGUUUGCACAAAAUCUCAACCUCCACAACCAGUUAUUAAGGAUGUUAAAGUAUUUUCAUCAUUUGAUGCCCAAGAAACAGCAAUUAAUUUACUCAAGAAUACAAUUUACAAAUGA